AUGGGUCCAGCUCCUCUGCGAUCAGAUAGCUGUAACACAUGCCGCAAGAGGAAAGUCAAGGUGAGCAUGCUCUCGACAGUUAUUAGCGCUACAAGACCCCCUGACUGGAGUAGUGCGAUCUACAGCACCCACAUUGCGCGAGAUGCCUCCGAGGAGGCCAUCAUUGCGAAGGCUAUGAUCGUUUAA